CUCGCAAAGAGGACUCAACAGCUGGAAGGCUUGAUGUUUAAUCUAACCAUCGGGGCGUUCAGUAAGCACCCUCCAAUGUUUCCUUCUAUUCCCACAUCCAAUUUAUUGCCUUUCUUUUAGGUCUUUUUGAGUUGAGCGUAUCCGAUUAAUCCUAAAGGUAUCACUGAAUCAAAUUUAAAUGUUUAUUUUUGGUACUUUAGUUGCUACAAGGGUGGUCAACGAGGUGAUGCGGAAGCACUACAGUGACAAAUUCUUAAACAGCGGGUGAGUUAGGCAGUGUUACAGCACUUGCUGAAAAUGCGAUCUUAACCGAAACACUCUCUGAUGCUCUGGACUGCCAAUUUACCUUGUUAGCCUCGACGUGGACUAUCCGAUUUAAAGGCCCCUAAUUCGAGAACCUACAACGCUAGACUUUACAUAAAUCAUACGCCUGGGAAAUUGUAGACUGACCGUUAGCCGUCGUCGACGGUUACCCUGAAUAGGAUAGGCUGAGGCCUAAGAUAUUUAUGGCUUUCGGCAACUUCGUACAGGACGACUUGCUUGCAAGAGAUUUUUGCAAGGAGUCCCUGUUAUGAAGGCGAAAACGUCGAGGACUCCAACAGCCUUCUGAUAGAUAUGCAAGUUUAACCUCACCCUUUUCUGCUCGUGACUGUUUCCGCCACUACGUCUCAAAGUACUUUUGGCGGUUUUUCUAUGUUUGGUCUCAAAUCUUUGAGCGUUUAUCACAUUUUCUAAUGUUUAUUGGUAGUCUUGAGACAUUUUGAGGGCCACUAAACUUGAAUUCAGUGUAAAAAGUCGUUUAGACCUGCUAGAUUUUUUAACCGUGAAAAUUAGAUGCCAUGUUCCGAUAAGAUUUUCAUGCGCUUGUGCAUGUCGAAUUCUACCCAGGAUCAUUAUAUAGGCUGGGUAUGCUUGUUUCCUCGCAUUCGAAUGCAUGCCAUCACUCACGCAUGAUACCUUGAAUGCGAUACUCAGUUUAAAUGUUCUGUGCUAUUCUGUUAGAAGACAGGGUCGCGUUCACAUAAACAGAUGUGUUAGUGCGCCUUGAAAUUAAAAACAUGCCUUCCAGCUUUUUCCAGGUGUUUUAAAAUUGGACAUUGAGUCUACAACAAUAGGUCAUUUUAAAGAGUCAAAUUGGCGAACACGUGUUUUUAGUAACUCUUCAUCAGGCCAAUAAGGUUACAUAGAAGAUUAAGUUAUGCGAAUUAAAUGACUUAUAAGUUAUUCGGGGACAAUUAACAUCCAUCGUUCCCACGCCACUCGCAUGACGAGGCGUGCUAUGGCGUGGUCGGCGUGUCGUGGUCAUUGGUUAAGGGGGCGAGGGAGAGGGGGAGCAUAGGCUGUGAGUACGUCGGAUACGUUGUGCACACACCCUGCCAUCAGGAGGUUGGGGCGACUUUGGGGUCGGCGUUGGCCACGGAAGACAAAGCGCCUGUGUCAGAGUCUUCUGACAGCAUAGCACUGGAUUGGCUAGCCGUAUAGCCACUGCCUCGGCUGUAGCUAGCACCCGUUGGCGUAGGCCUCUGGAGAAGCUUGCUGGUGUCCGGUAGACAAUCCGAAAGGCUUCUUUGGCAUCGACUCGGUGAUUCGUAUCGACAAGAUGUGCGAGAAUAGAACUCGAGAUUGAUUUCUUCUCACCUUUGCCUAGCCAGGCCGGUAUGUGUUCACGUACUCUCUUUUCCAAGCGCCUCGUUGUACGGCCAAUGUAUCCCGCUCCACAGGAGCAAGUGAAUGAAUAAAUGCACAUCGAUGUGGCCUGCAACGGGAGUCGGUCUUUACCUCCCAAGCGUAGGAGGGGAGAGUUAGUGAAACAUGCACGUGGGAACGAUGGAUGUUUACUGUCCCCGAAUAACUUUAAUUCGCAUAACUUAAUCUUCUACGUAACCGUAUUGGUCUGAUGAAGAGUUACUGAAAAUACGUGUUCGCCAAUUUGACUCUUCAAUUGUAACAUGGGGAUAUUCGCUGAACGAAGACAAUUCGAAGAUCCCUCGGUGUUAAAGGAACUCAAUGGAUUCCUAAAGUUUGACACCAGACUUGCGGAGGCACACGUGACGAGGAAAUUCUAAUCAGGAUGUAUAGACAAGGGUGAAUAUCCGAAACAAUAUUGGAAAACCUUACGAAGGAACCAUAUUGCGGCUACCCCAGCCGCACUAAGACGACAUACAGAAAGUCACCUGGAGACAGUUAGCACCGGAAUUGAAGAACUCCAACGGAAUCUGUGCCAGAGAACAGCGGCCCUAGACCAUCAUGAAAAUUGCGAGAGACUGGCGUUUGAAAACUACGUGCAAGUUGUCAGAAGUAAAAGAAUCGAGGCGAGAUGGACUAAGCUCCUUCGAAGUGUCCAACCAGUGAAGGCUCAGACGGCCCUUCCGAAUAAUCCGGAACAGUACGUUCAUAACUAUUCCUCAGUACAGCUUGACAAAACUCUCAUAGAGGUACUAUCUCUUGGUCCUAAGUUUUGCAAUGCACGGCGGAUGCCGAAGCAGCUAGAGUUAGAAGUCUAAUUGGAAAGUCUAAUCAGUCAGACUGCCGAUCUAAAACCUAGCGGGCCUAGAGAAGUUGACUAUCUGAAGUCGACUAUGGUUAAUUGCUGUCAACAGUACUUAAGGAAGGUUCCCAAAAACAAAGGUCCCUUAACAAGGGCCCAUCUCGAUAGCCUUAGCGAACUUCGUAAAAACGAAAACAUUGUGCUAACCAGGCCGGAUAAGGGUUCAGGAGAUGUACUGAUGGAUAGAAAGGAGUACGUAGAAAAACUAGAAGCAAUCUUGUCGGAUCGUACCAAAUUCUCGAAAUCCGAGAAAGACAGGGACCGCACCGAGGCCGUUGAAGGUCAGCUGACGGCGGUUCUCAAAGUUCUUCACAAAGAAGGUCAUUUAUCUGACAAAGAAUAUGAGCGACUAAGACCAGUGGGCACAGCCGUACCCAGAAUGUACGGCCUUCCGAAAAUGCACAAACACGGGCUACCCCUACGUCCAAUCCUGGAUAUGAGGAAUUCGCCCUAUCACACCAUAGCAAAGUGGCAAGUCGAAAAUCUUAAACCGUUGCAAAGUCAUCUGUACCCCCUAAGUCUGAAAAACUCCUUCGAGUUUGUCGAGGCGAUUAAGGAUAUUAACGUUGACGGACGGAGGAUGCUGUCAUUAGACGUAGCAUCACUGUUUACUAAUGUACCCGUAGCCGAAACAAUAAACUACCUUUGUGACGUUAUCCGCGACUCGAACUACUCGUUAGGCAUGCCGUUGGAGACGCUAAAAGAACUACUGACACGGUGCACGCAAAACGUCCAGUUUCUCUGCAAUGGUCAACUGUACAUGCAAAUAGAUGGCGUAGAGAUGGGCUCACGGCUCGGCCCCUUCCUCGCAAAUGUCGUCAUGGGCAAAGUCGAGAUGACAAGCUUACAAGACACCAUCAAUGACCUCAGCUUCUACGGUCGGUACGUGGACGAUAGUUUCUGCCUGGCGGAUGUUACCACUGACACAGACGCCCUGAUUCAAAAAUUCAACAAUUCACACCCCUCGCUAACGUUCUCUGCAGAGUUUGAGGCAGACAAUGAAAUCGCGUUCCUCGACGUUCUUCGGCACAGACAAGAGGAUGGGUCUAUCCAACGUAGGGUAUUCCGAAAGAAAACCUGGACGGGACAAUACAUUAAUUUUCACAGUUUUGUUCCCCUAAAUAUGAAACGCCAUUUGGUCCAGGGAUUGGCAGCUAGAGUGCGACGUAUCUGCUCUCCUGAGACUGUGGAGGCAGAACUCCAGCAGCUGCGGGAUACACUCCACGAAAACUGAUACCCAGAAAGAUUUAUCCUCCGAAACAUAGGGGAGCGCACUGCAAAGCCUACCAUGGCAACUGCAGAAAAGAAGGACUUAUUUAUAAGACUGCCUUUUCAAGGGGACGCAGCAAGUGACCUAGUAAGGAGACGUCUGAAGACAGCGAUCACUAGCGCCUUCCCCGCGGCGAACUUACGUGUACGUUUCACUAACUCUCCCCUCCUACGCUUGGGAGGUAAAGACCGACUCCCGUUGCAGGCCACAUCGAUGUGCAUUUAUUCAUUCACUUGCUCCUGUGGAGCGGGAUACAUUGGCCGUACAACGAGGCGCUUGGAAAAGAGAGUACGUGAACACAUACCGGCCUGGCUAGGCAAAGGUGAGAAGAAAUCAAUCUCGAGUUCUAUUCUCGCACAUCUUGUCGAUACGAAUCACCGAGUCGAUGCCAAAGAAGCCUUUCGGAUUGUCUACCGGACACCAGCAAGCUUCUCCAGAGGCCUACGCCAACGGGUGCUAGCUACAGCCGAGGCAGUGGCUAUACGGCUAGCCAAUCCAGUGCUAUGCUGUCAGAAGACUCUGACACAGGCGCUUUGUCUUCCGUGGCCAACGCCGACCCCAAAGUCGCCCCAACCUCCUGAUGGCAGGGUGUGUGCACAACGUAUCCGACGUACUCACAGCCUAUGCUCCCCCUCUCCCUCGCCCCCUUAACCAAUGACCACGACACGCCGACCACGCCAUAGCACGCCUCGUCAUGCGAGUGGCGUGGGAACGAUGGAUGUUAAUUGUCCCCGAAUAACUUAUAAGUCAUUUAAUUCGCAUAACUUAAUCUUCUAUGUAACCUUAUUGGCCUGAUGAAGAGUUACUAAAAACACGUGUUCGCCAUUUUGACUCUUCACUUGUAGAAUAGGUCAUUUUGUAUGCUUUUUGAGCAAAAUUAGUAGGCCCCUGUAUAGGAAAUAUCACGAAUUCUUAACAUUUUCUAACGAGCAUUAUUCAUGAGCAACUUUCAAGCGCCUGAUUCUGCUUGAUUAUAAGUAAGUCUGUCUAAGUCUCACAAAUCAUCAUAACUAAGUAUUGUUAUCCGAGAGCAUCCGCUCCUAGAACGGUCGGUGAGCGCCCCCUAACAUUGUAUAUUCCCGAUCGAAAACCGACAGGGCAACGGGCUCGUGGCCCAGUGGUUAGAGGCGUGGACUUUUAACAAACAGUUUGUGAGACCGACCCUCGGGUGUUCCACACUUCGGGGUCAGGUAUGACUGGCUGACGACGGCUAAUAAGCCAGAAAUGGCCAUUCCAGUCUCCCUUGUCUUUGUCGGUAAUGCCAUUCUGCAAAUAUUAAGCCUUCUGCAUCAUUUCGAAAACAUAGUGCAAUUGAUAUAGACUCCAAAAGGUUAUGAAAAUGACAGCACACGAAGUAAUUGGUGUUUUUUUUCGAGUGCAAUUUCUGGAGGCGGCUGAAAUAACUCCCAACCAAAAGUGAGUGCUCAUAUAGUCAGUAGCUUUUAAUCUGUUUUCUGCUAACCGACACUGCAAUCAAAUACAGACAUCGUACCUUGUUGAAUAUAUAUAGAGAUAUGCGUACCAUGAUAGAUGGGCGCUCACCAAUCAGGUUACGGAACCUGCUUCUUCCGUUGUGCCUUGGGGCUCAUAGCAGAACUCUCGCAGGCAGUCGCACAGCGACUAGUAGCAAAAGUUAAUGACAUGGUACCCACAAAGACAACGGAGACCGGAAUGACCAUCUCUGGCUUAUUAUCCGUCAUCAGCCAGUCAUACUCAACCCCAAGUGUUGAUCACUUGAGAUUUGAACCCGGGAUCUUUGGUCAUAGAGGGUUCUAGCAUGAGCCGCAAAGCACAACAAAACAAGCAUGUUCCGUAAGCCGAUCGGUGAGCGCCCAGCCGUCAUGAUUGUUAUUUCUGAUCACAAUGGACAAGGCAACGAGCCCGUGGCUCAGUGCUAGAGUGUCAAACUCCAUGACCAAAGAUCCUAGGUUCGAAUCUCAAGCGAUCCACGUUUGGGGUUGGGUAUGAAUGGCUGAUGACAGUUAAUAAGCUAGAAUUGGCCAUUCCGGUUUCAUUCGUCUCUGUCGGUAUCAUGACAUAUAUAUAUAUAUAUAUAUAACGUGUGCUUUGGAGUAUACUAAAUGAUCCAACUGUAAUUCGAGAUUUUCAUUUUUCAUAUCUUUAAGGUGCAUGCCGAUCCAUUUCCGGAUUAUGGUGGUGCGUCCAACUGCCGUGAUAUUAGUGCUCACUUUUAUCCUUCUGGUGGACCAUCUACGAAGUGCAAACCACCGUUACAUGGCUGAGUGGCUGGGAUGUACCAUAAAUGCCCUGGGUGGCCUUGUCAUUCUAAUCCUGAUGAGCUUUAUGACUCACGGGGAUACAAGUGUGGGAAGCAACAACUUUGUCGGCCUAACGUUUUCGUCCGUAUUUGUUAUGGUAAGCAGACCUUGAGAACCAGACCAUUCUGCUACUUAUCAUUCCGUAUUGUAUAAGAUCUAAAACGACAUUAAGACUCACAUGUUAAGAUAGGUGAUCAUUCUUCAGCAGAAAAGACUCCAGUAUCACCUGAAAAGGUCCAAAAUUCGAAGGCCGCUUUUUCAAUAUUUUUUAGAGAGGGAGAGAGAGAAAAAAUGCUUUCAAUUUCAAAGUAUCAUCCCGUACUUUUCGACAUAAUGUCCUUUAUUUACCGUGGUUAGAAUAUAGUUAAAUAAGAGAGAACCAGUUGGUUUACACGAAAAUGUAUGACUAUCAUGGGGACAAAUCUGAUCUCCGUUCAUGAAUUUCGAUUUCUUUACUAGUCGGAUAUCGUGCCGAGAAUGAUAAUACGAAACGUUGGCAUGGCAACGCACUGCAAGAGAUAUGCCGGGUUCCAAGUCGACGGUUUCAUGCACGUCAGGCUGGAACUUAACUUUUCGACAGCAACAAAAUUAUGGAAAAUGCAUCUGCUUGGCGUCGCUGGUUGUGUGCCAUUUAUGCAGCAUGUGAUCACGGAAAUUGAGAUGAUAAUUUGAAGUACCUUAAAUGUUCAUUUUGCUCAUUUGCCUGGCCCGUCCCAGGGAAUGUUCUUUUUCUUAUAGGGGAGGUUUCUGUGUAAUGUUACCAGGCAAACUGUUUGCUAAUUUGAGCAGAAAUUUUUGCAGCCUUAUAUUUGGACAAUUUCCAGUGUUAAUAGUUUACCAGGCUAUUCUUGUGCAGCCACAGGUAAUGUUCUGUCAGAGGAGAAUAACCGAACAAGACUUUCUAAAACGCGACGAACCCAACCGUCCCCAAACGCCAUAAAGUAAUUUAGCAAAAGAAAAAUUCUCUUGUUACACACAAAAUGAUAUGAUUACAAUGGCAUGUGCUAAUUUUAUUCCGAUUUUUAAGCCGUUGGCCGGCCUAUAAAUAUGCGAUUAUAUGAAAGUUCUUGAUAUUGUGGCGUCUCUGUCAGCCAAAAGAAUUUUCCUGAAUAGGUAAAUCAUUAAGAUUUAGAAUUGAAGAAUUGUUGACGAAGCGGUAUUUCAAGUUGAUAUUAUGUUGAAAGACAAGACACAAAUACUCGAUUCCAACUACAUGUGCUUGGUCCUUGGGCCUUUGCUUAGGUAGUCUUUAAAGUAUUUAUAUUUUGCCAGAGUCCGAUAUAACAUCAUUGUAAUGGGUGAUUUUCAGUUGUCAUGUGCACAUUUUUACUAUAUUUUUUCCUUUUUUCAAGUGCCUGGUUGACACAAUAUAUUACACCUUUCUGAAGCCCAAUAUGAUACUUUAUUACCAUCGGCUUUACCUUGUGACGGUUCAUAAAAAGACGCUGGAGAAUGCGGCAGUUGAACAACUGACGUCGCCUCUUCUAAGUUGCAUGUAUAAGCUGGACACCGACACAGCAGCGAAAGAAGGCGUAAGUAUCUCAUAAUUUCUGUGGACUUUUCGGCCGAAGUGGGAAACGCUGUCGGCCACUGAUUGAGCUCUUCAUCACAUUUACAGCACCCGAUGAUAACCCAGAAGUUGAAAUAGCCUGUUCCUUUUUUAGGCACCUUUUAGCUUGCUUAUGAUGGUGGGAGUGUAAAUCCCUAGCACUAUCAUCGUAUUUCAUUAUAUGAGUUAAGGGAUUAUAGCCCCGCGAUCUGCGUAUAAUGGAGCCCUAUAGAGUUGAAAGGAGAGGGCUCGAACCGUACUUCUUAUGGGAGCAGAUAGUCUAAAAACGACAAUUUAAUGAGUUUGAAAUCUUACUGAGCGGUUAAAGGCAGCUUAGUGUCCAGGGCUGUUCUUUGAAAACAAUCAUUAGAAAUCUUUGGGCUACUUAUGAUCUGCUAUACACGCUUACUCUUCAUAAUCGCUAUUUAGGCACUCUUCGGAUAGGAUUGGUAGUUGUGACAGGGAAAAAGAGACUUACUUCGCAGGUUCACACAGUUACUUAACUUAAAUCAGUCCUCCAGCUCCAGUGGGCGGUCGUUCGCCAAGCGGCAUAUUAUCAGCAACACAUUUAAGAGGGACCACAAUGUUUAUUUAUCUAAAUUAUUUUUUCAUUUCAAUAGAGGAGUAGAGUCUCGACGAGGACGUCCUCAACUGCCACAAGCUCGAGUCUGAACACUACAUCAGACUCAGAUUAUUCUACAUCGCGUGAUUCCUCCCGGAAGGUAUGCUUAUAAGGACUUCGAUUAAUUACAUCAUACCAGCCCUUUUAUUAAUCACUCUUAUAAGACAUAAGACAUAUUUCACAUCCAUUUCAAACUCUAUGCCCCCUAUAUGAUACAUUUUCAAGGGCAUAUAUGAUUUGAAAGUAUACAGCUUGCAAUUGGAAACGCAAUCCAGAAUUUCGGUUAACAUUUUAUUACAUUAAUAAUUGACUUUAGGUCUGUAGCAUCUUGAUAUUGUUUUUAUUAACUUUUAACUUACUCCUCUUUUUCAGAGCAAAGAUGGGGAUAGCGAGUCGUUUAAAGACAAUAAACCAUAA